GUUUGUUUACAUUAUUAGUGUUUCUCUUCUUUCACACUAUCUAUUAGAAUUUAUUAGUAGUUAUUUGAAAUAAGUGAAUCCAUAAAGUUAGAAAUAAGAAGAGCAAACAAAAAAUAACUGAUGGAUGACGACGGUCGGUGGAUGACAUCACUUCCAAAUGAACUGCGCGAUUUGCCAAUCAUCAAUCUUGCAAUACCCGGAUCUCAUGAUACAAUGUCAUAUGGUAUAAAAUCUGGAGCAAAGCCUGCUCCAGAUGCCGAACGGUCCACAAGGUGGUUAAAUUUCCUUUUCCCUUGGUGUGUGAGACGUUGGGCGAAAACACAGUCUUCUAGUGUUUUGGAACAAUUGUUGUUAGGAGUGCGUUAUUUCGAUUUGCGUGUAUGCCAAAAUAACGAUAAAUUCUAUUUUGCGCAUGGGCUCUUUGCAAUGGAAAUUUUUGAACCACUGGAAGAACUUAAACGCUUUUUACUUUCAAAUAAGGGAGAGGUCUGCAUUUUAGACUUUCAACAUUUUUACGAUAUGAACCUGUCACAUCAUGCCCAACUACAGAACCUUUUACUACAAUUAUUUAACUCUCUGCUGUACACUAAAUUUCAUGGAACUAUAACUGAUUUUACUUUGAAUAGGUGUAGUACAUUGGGUACACAAAUAUUUUUAAUUUACCGUCGUUGUCCCUUGCCAUUACCAAAGGAAUUUUGGCCAAGUAAUAUUUGGCCGACUCCAUGGCCAAAUGUAACUUCCAUAAAGAAACUUGAAACAUAUCUUCAAAAAUCUCUUCUGUCCAGAAAACCUUCGCAAGGAUACGUCACACAAUGUGUAUUGACACCUUCUGGUAAAUACAUAACACUCAGGUUAUUUUCCUCUUUACGUAAAACUGCGAAAAAAGUUAACAAGAAAUUGAAACCGUGGAUUGAGGAACAAAUACCCGGACCGUUUUUGGAUAAUGAAUCACCUAAAACAAAUGUGUUUAUUACAGAUUUUACCAGUUUAGAUAACGGACAAUUUUGUAAGAUGGUUAUAGGGCUUAAUUAUAAAAUUGAAAAUGUGUCCAAAAUCGGUGAUAGUUAAAACUGUUUUUUUUUUGUAACGAUGAUGAUUUGUAUAUAACGAAUAGUUUAGUAUUCAUAAAAUAAGUACUUCCUAAUAGGAGAAAAAAAUAAUAAUCAGUGAAAAAUCGGUUGUAGUUAUAUUUUUUUAACGAUGUACAAACAUAUAUAGCUCAGAACAAGUUUAAUAUUUAGAAUAGAAUAACUAUAAAAUAAGAUUGAGGUUUAAUAUACAAAAAAUCGAUUGCAUUUAUUUUUGUAACGAUAUACAAAGCUAUAUAUUCAAGUAGGAGUUUAGUAUUUAAAACAAAAAGGUUGGGAGUUAUUUUAAAUUCCGAAAUUGGAUUGCGGCGUUUCUCAUACGGAGAUUUUGAUUUAUUGCUUAUGUAAUUUAUAGAAAAAUGGUACACUUUAAGGUCAAAAUGUAAUUACAAUUACUUGUUCUAUUUUAAAAAUAUAAAGAAAGCUAAAAAAUAAAAUGUA